AUGAACUUUCCUUCACUUCAACAACCAUCAAUUGAUGAAUUCUCUCAAGCUCUCCUUUUAGCUCACAAUCGACUCCGAGUUCAGCACCAUGCUCGGGAGCUUCAUUGGGAUGAUGAAUUGGGCCAAUUAGCGCAGAGCUGGGCCAAUCGAAUAGCAAAUAAGGCUCAUCUCGAAUAUUCACAGAUUAGCGGAGUUGGCGAAAAUAUCACUUUCUUUCCACCGGACAUAAACCCGGAUAAGAUCGUGGAGUAUUGGUAUAACGAGAAUGAAAAAUACGAAUACGAAACUCCUGGUUGGCAGACGGGUACAAAUUACUUUACGCAAGUGAUUUGGAAAUCUACGGAACAAAUAGGCAUUGGAAAAGCAAUUGUUAAUGGAGAUCAUCUUGAGAUUUGCAAACAUAUGAAAAUACGUGGAGCAACGGGAAUCGUCUCAGAAAUUGGUGCAAUGGUGGUUGUUGCUUUUUAUCGACCAGCUGGAAAUAAUAACAAAGAUGGACAAUUUGCCGUCAAUUUACAAGCGCUGCUCGAAGAAGAAGUAGUCCAGAAAGCGGCUUUACUUCAAUCAGAUGGAAUUGACAUUUUUGCCGAUGUGAGAAGACAACCAGGAGCUCGGGCGCAUUACAAUGAACUUUCAAUCAAUCAACUUGAAAACUACUUUCAGGGAGAUGUGGAUCUUUCUGUCUCACAGCUUAAAGCAAUCACUCAAAAUAUAAAAGAGACUGGCAGAAGUCGCCAAAAGAGAAAGAUAGGUAAAACACCUUACUAUGAGCUGUGGGACAAAGGAAACCCCAUAAGUUUUGAUUUUGCAGAAAAUAUUCCUCGAGAAACCAAAGCAAAAAUCAGAGAUGCAAUGAGAUUAUGGCAGAGGAAUACUUGCAUUAGAUUUGAAGAAAAUGGCCCUUCAAUUAAUCGAAUUGAAUUUUUUGAUGGUGGUGGAUGUUCAUCGUUUGUGGGAAAAGUUGGAGGAACGCAGGGAAUCUCAAUUGCCACUCCCGGCUGUGAUGCGGUAGGAAUUAUUAGUCACGAAAUCGGGCAUUCGCUUGGAAAUUUUCAUGAACAAGCCAGACCUGACCAAGAACAACAUAUUAGUGUAAAUUGGAACAAUAUUCCCCUCGGGCGAUGGAAUAAUUUCAAUCCCGUUGGCAAUGAACAAGCUGAUGUAUAUGGUUUACCUUAUGAUACAGGCUCGGUGAUGCAUUAUGGUCCCUUUGGAUUUGCAACAGACCCUUACGUUCCCACAAUUCGCACCAUUGAAAGAACGCAACAAACUACUAUUGGACAAAGGGCAGGCCCUUCAUUUUUGGAUUACAUGGCUAUCAAUUUGGCAUAUGGGUGUUCUGCCAAUUGCCCCCAAAUACCUUGCCAGCGUGGAGGAUACCCUCAUCCUAAUAAUUGUUCUAUUUGUCAAUGUGCAGAUGGAUUAGCUGGUGAUCUUUGUGAUUAUGUACGCCAAAGCAAUCAAGAUUGUGGCGGAGUUCUCGGGGUAACUGAAAAAGGUAUUCAAAUCUCAAGUCCUCACUAUCCAGAAGCGUUCCCAAAAAAUACAGAAUGUUUUUGGUUGUUGAAAGCGCCCAUCGGUAGCACAAUUUUAUUGAAUUUUGGGGAUGAAAUUUUUGAUUUUCUUUGUGAAGACACUUGUGAUAAAUCCUACGUGGAAGUGAAAUUUCAUCGAGAUUUUCGCCUUACUGGUGCAAGGUUUUGUUGCGGUGCCGCCCCUCGUCGAACUUUCGAAUCUGAAAGAAAUGAAAUGUUGAUCUUGAUGAGAGGUUUUGGAGGAGCUGGUCGGGGGUUUUCAGCUUUUGCUAGAUUAAAUUCUUCAAUGAUUAAGCCCAUAAAAACAAGCGUAAUAACUCAACCUUCAUUUGUUAUUGAAUCAACAAUCGCAACAACGACUACACCAACAACCAUAGGAAAAACAACGCAAUCACUUCGGCAACUCUUUACGUUAUUGCCAGUCACUGAAACCACUAAAACAAGUCAUAGACCAAAGAUACACCAUGGUAAUGGACUUCAAGAGAGAGUCCGUCCAUUCACAACAAGGAUCACCACUCAUGGCCGAACGCUGGCAACAACAACCCCGAGCCCGGAUGGAAAUAUUCCGUUGACAGAAUGUGACUGUGGCGAUUGGUCGGAUUGGAUGGGAGAGUGCUCACAACGUUGUGGAGGAUGUGGACACAAACAGAGAGUUCGAACUUGUUCCAAGUCAACAUGCAGAACCACUGACCAAAGGCCAUGCAAUUUCAAAGCAUGUCCCGAGGGUACGAACUUUAUGAUCAAUAAUGGAGAGUUUCACAUUUUAUGGAGAGGUUGCUGUGUGGGAAUGUUCAGAUCAGGAGGAGAAUGUGCGGCAUUGGAAGGGGGAGAAAAUCCUUUUCUGAGAAUUCUUUCAUCUCUUCUUUCUCCAAACGAUCAGAAAAAAGAAACGAACAAUUCAAUAACUGACGAACAUGGUGGGUCCUCCCGAGGAGCUCUGGAUUUACAAAAAAGAAGGGCUUGGCUUGAUUAC